AUGACGGUCGAAGGUGUUAUGGUGUCCUACAACUAUUCGGACAACGCGGAACACUCGAACAUACUGACAGUAUCAGCGUCAGGGAUAAAGUUCUCAAAGCGAUGGGUUCUCACGCACGGAUCAAUAUUAUCGCCUCUAAAACAGGCCAAUGUUAUCAAAAACGCUAGAGGAAAACCGAUUUUGAACGACGAAUUCUAUGACAACCUUCCGGAGAUAUACGUCACGUGUGAGAAAGUUAAACCAAAGACACCGAACAUGUACGAGAAACUGGAGAUCCUGAGUAGAGAGAGGUCGUUUGACAAUGAUGACCUGGAACAUAGCAGCUAUCAAGUUAGAGUGCUCACUGGAAGGAUAUGCCACGUAUGGCAGUGUCCGGUGCUGGAUCGCUGCGUGGACAACAUCCUGUACAGCUGGACCAUCGGCCACCGGGACGGAGACCAGGAGAAGCAGACGCAGCUGGGGAAGGCGCUGCUGUCUGUGUUCGUGUUGGUGGACCUGGAAACAGAUGACAGAGACUUCAGGAUCCUCCGUCCGUUAUCUGAGCUCCUCGACAUGUGUCAGUCUCCGCCCGACCGAGGCACCACCAUCGACAUACACUCCACGCCCUUUGGAUGUGAGGUGUUCCUGAACGCGGUCACUCGUGGCUCUGUGUGUGGUGUCGUAGGUAAACGACCGUCUCUCUUACUAACAGACGCGGCCACCGCUUUAGGCUCGGAAGGAGGACCCGUAUUUACUACGGGACCCAACAACUCCUUGGUGGGCGCGGUAGUAUGUUCCGUGUCGUGGUGGCGCGGGGAGUGGGUCGGUCUCACUCUAGCCGCUCCUCUCAAGUCCGUGCUCGCUGCUAAGCUGAGGGUUCAACAACCGCUACCUACUAGAACACCGCCGUCUCCGCUGUACGUUAGGAUACUAGAACUGAUCGACCGCAGUACUAUGUUGGUGCGGUGCGGCGCGGCCUGGGGCGCCGGGCUCUACCUGGGGGGAGGGCACGUGCUCACAUGCGCACACGUCGUCAAACAUCACUCAACUCACAAAGUGUCGGUAUACUGUGACAACGUGAAGCAGUUUGCGUCGGUCCGCUACAAGACCAAGGACGACCGGGCGUACGACCUCGCGCUGCUGUACGUGUCGCCCGCACACUCUACACACAUGCUGCCCGCGGUGUUCGCUGAGGACACAGCGCAGAAAGGCGAAUCAGUACUAGCGGCGGGGUUCCCAUACUUCAACGAGACCAACCUGGAGCAUCUAAAACCGACGGUGACCAGCGGCCACGUGAACAACGUGUCCCCCUCACUUAUACAGACCACCUGCUGUGUGCAGUCGGGCUUUAGCGGAGGUCCAAUAUUCCGUAUAACCAAGGAGCUGAAAGUUGAGGUAUUGGGUACGAUCGUGUCUAACGCUAAGACGGAGACGGGGGCCAGCUACCCGUACAUCAACAUGGCCGUACCUACUAAGGCGUUCAUUAGACUCGUACAACACUUCAUAUUGGAGAGGGAUGAGAAUGUCCUCUCCCAAAUUGAAAACAAAAAAGAUAUGAUCCAGUCACAGUGGAGGUUGCUGCCUUAUAGAUCUAAGAUAUGA